UACAUUUUUCUUAAAAACUGUGCGAUUUAGAAGAAAAAUGAAAAUUCGGAUUUUGAUAAUCACCACAUUUCUAAGUACAGAUGUUCUCUGUAUUCCCGCUACUGGGAGAUCAUGGGAAGAAGAAGCAUGCGCAGAACAAAACAUUAAAGGACAGGACAGAUAUACAUGCUCUGAAGGAAAGAUUACAUGCUUACCAGGCUGGCAGGGGGACCUUUGUCAGGUUCCUUUAUGUGGAUCUGAUUGUGACCCUCAGCAUGGAUAUUGUACGAAGCCGUUUGAGUGCGAAUGCAAUCUAGGAUACUCAGGGGACAGUUGCAGAGAAUGUGUGAAGCUUCCGGGGUGCAAGAACGGGUUUUGUCGGUAG